GAAUAGACCAUGUUGACGCCAAUUGUGAUGUCGCAUCGUCGUGUAAACUAGUCUAGAAAAAUUUCUUAAGCUUAAAACAUCAUGGCGUCAAUCAUGAGUAUUUUUUGUAUAGUAUUUUUAACAGUUUUAAAUAGUUAUUUACCAUGUGCUACUCACAGUUUAGAUCCAGCAGUACCAACCUUCGGUUCAGAGUCAAGAGCAGAUCCAGAACCAACCUACGAUUCAGGAACAAUCAUCCGUAUGAAAAAUGACUGUCUUGACCGUUUAAAUAGAACCAUACCGGAAUAUUCUACUUUUUUACCGGUCGAAGAUCCAUGUGUAGAGUGUACCUGCUUAAAAGCAAAACCUGUAAAAUGUCAAGUGUGGCAUUGUCCGACGCCUAGCCCUAGUGAAGAUUGUCAAGUGGUAUUUUCUUCUUUGGUCAAAUGUUGUGACUUUGAGUGUAGAGAUCUUAGUUCAUAUGAAUCAUUUGAACAUCAGUCAGCGGAUAGCAUAUUUAGUGACGUACCUUCAGACGACGACGACGACGACGACGACGACGACUAUUAUAAUAAUUACUAACCAAUGAAGAGGAAGCUACAAUGAAAACAGAUAAAUAAGAUUAAAGAAAACAGAAACUGUUUUAUGACAUUUUAUUAGAUCAAUUAACUUAAAU